CAUCUCACGGUUGAAGGGAACAUCUCUGUCCCAACUUCCUCUUUUUUUGUGAUGUGAUGAACAGGAAAGAAACUAUUUCACAUCACUGUUAAGUGUAAUACACAUUGACAGAGCACAACUCAGCCCCGAGGUCCCUUUCACAUUUCAGGAUGUUGGUCAACUUCAGAAUACCUUCCUUGGAUCAGAUGAAGUUGAUAAGCCUGAUCGAUUAUACCCUCAUAUUGAUCGUGGCGUCUAAUUCAGAAGGUGAAAGCUGGAAUAUUGAUGUCAGCAGACAUAUCAAUGCAACCUUGGGUUCAAACGUGACCAUUCAAUGUCACUUCACCGUUCCAACUAAACAUUACACGGAAAGUAUGCAAGUUUUCUGGAAAAAGGAUGAGAAAAGCAAAUUUAAUACUUUUGACAACGACAAAAAUGCUUUUAUUUUUCACCCAAACGAGACGUUUGUGCUUGAGAAGUACAGAGGAAAGACCCGGCUCAUGGGAAAUAAAAGCGCAGGGAACUGCUCCCUCAAGAUCUUCAAUAUCAGGGAUAAUGUCCCAAACAUCUAUGUGAGACUUAUUGCAAAGGGGGACAACUACAGUUUUUCACAAAAUAGUGUCUCCAUUGCUGUAACUGGUGCUCUGCUAAUUGUUCCAGGUAUACCCGGUACAACACAGCUAACUCCCAUCACUCAAGGACAACCAGUGGGAGCAGACCCGGAGAAUGAUCUACUAAAGCAUGUGUCCAUCUCCGUACCAGUUGUUGCCAUUCUGACCAUCAUUGUUGUUGUUGGAAUUGUCCUUGGCAUAAAACACAAAAGGUCAGCAUCCUUUAUCAGGGAGGAUUCAAGAUAUUAUGCUAAUUUCAGCCGAGCAAACCAACUGCAAAGGGAAGCGUCUUGCCAGAAACCAGAGAACAGUAAAGUUUCUGAACAGAAAGACAUUGAGGAACCGGUUUACGCCAACAUUGAGGCCCAUCCAGAUCAGAUGGAUCAAAGUGCGGAUCACUUAGACAACAUAUAUGCCAAUGUGGAUCAUUUAAAACUGUAGGAAAGCUGCGUCUUACAAAUCUAUUCCUAAUCUUUUCGGUUUUAUGGCAUAGAGACUACUUAACAUUCCAAAAGAUAAGAUAACCUGUGUAGGUGUCUACUGUGUGACCGGGAUGAGAGACCUUGUCUGUUUCCAUCCUACUGAUUAAUUUGUGAUUUAAUAUUACUAUAUUGCCGUUUAUUUUUUGUCUUUUGGUCGUUAUAGUGAAUAUGUAACCAUAAUGAAUGGACCGUGUGUAAGUGCUCAGUACAAGGGCUUAAAAUGUGUCUUACUACUGAUUUAAAAAAUAUGGCAGCUUGUUCACAUGUUAAUGCUGUGACAUUUUCCUAACCACAACCAGGAGAAAAUAUCAAGUAUGUCAUUUGCAAAAUCUUAUGACAGGAGUCCUGUUUUCUGUGGAAUGUAUUCAAGUAACCGGCCAGGUUCAACUUGCUGAACAUUUUUUUCUUGCCUUCUUAGUGUUUGUCAAUUCACAUAUUGUGACAUCUGGGCGAGUGCCACACUUCUGUUCUCUUUUCUUCAGUUUCCUGAGAGAUGUUAAUCAGAGAUAAAGCUACUAUUUGUAAUGUCAUUUAACGUAGAACUACAUAGAAAAUGAACUUUCCGAAACAAUAAAAGAUUAGUGCAUGCAUGUCUUUGCUCGUCCACAGUGUUCCACAUUCACCUCGCAACAGUCCUAAUUUCAUUAUUUUUUACUGAGGAGGAGCCUUUCUCGACCUUGCAACAGUGUGCAUACCAGAACAGGCUGAUCAUAUAGUACUUGUCCCAGGACAUGUGUUUUUAAUUUCAUUCAUACUGCAAUUUCUCUUAUGUGACAGACCAACUAGUCAAAUGUUUAUGCCGUAUUUCCAAAUAAUAUUUUACAACUUCUCUUUGUAAAUUGUAUUCAUAGAAUUACAUACAUUUAUUAUCAUUGUAAUUCUUCACUGCUUAAGGCUUAUGUCACAGUUUAUUUAUUAGUUAUUCUGCCUGCUGUUCCAGAGCUUUAAUAAAAGGUCAAAGACC